AUCAAAUGUAACACAGAGUUAAUUUUUAUUGUGUAAACUGUCACUUUUUUUUGCAUGCUGGCUUCAGUAUGGCUUCAGUAGGGCCUGUUGCCUAACUCCGCAGGCAUGUUUGAUUGACCCCAUAUCAUGAUCACUCCUCCUUCUUUUUCAAAUUUAUGUUAUGAGAUCUGUUCUGUAAAUUUUCAAUAAGUGCGGUUCCCCCUCCCUUAAUUCCUCCUUCCUAAUUCACUCUCAUUUAACUUUACCUUCCUUCCGCUGUCUUUUAUUAUGGCGGGGGUGGGUUGGAGGGUGGAGAGCUGUCUGGGUAAGGGGAGGGAGGGGGCUCUUCUAUCGAUGACCUCACGGUUAGUAUGUGGCAGUGCGGCGGGGAAGGGGGCAGCUGAUUGGUCGCCCGUGUCACACAGCGCCACUUCAAAGCCAGAGAGGAGCCUACAAUUGUGGAAGAAUGGGCGGAACGCAUCAUUGUAUUGCACACCUCUAAAAAAAAAAAAAAAAAGUAGAAGAAGAAGGGGGGGAAAAAAAGCAGCGCUCCUGAUUCAUAAAUAUAAAAAGAUCCUCUGAGGAGGGCAGUGUUUUUGUGUGAUGGCAACUUCACUUCUAGGGGAGGAGCCGAGGUUAGGAUCGACUCCUUUAGCCAUGUUGGCUGCAACAUGCAACAAAAUAGGGAGUCCGAGCCCUUCACCGUCUGCUAUAUCGGAUAAUUCCUCGUCUUUUGGGAAGGGUUUCCACCCGUGGAAGAGAGCCGCCGCCAGCAGCUGCAGCCUCGGCUCCGGCCUGUCCAGCUUCGGGGUGUCCCGGAACGGAUCUGGCAUUGCCUCGGACUCUUUCGGCAACAACGGCUCCAGCGGUUCCAGUGCCUUCUCUCUCACGUCUGGGACAUCGUCCGGCUCCCAUUUCGGAAACGAUUACUCCGUUUUCCAAGCCUCGAGCAACUCUCAAGAGUCCAGCCAUCAGCCGGUCUUCAUCUCCAAGGUGCACACUUCGGUGGACAGCUUGCAAGGCAUUUAUCCGAGGAUGAGCGUUGCGCACCCGUACGAGUCCUGGUUCAAGUCAUCUCACCCCGGGAUUCCGGCGGGAGAGGUCGGCACCACCGGUGCUUCUGCCUGGUGGGACGUGGGAGCAGCGGGGUGGAUUGACGUUCAGAACCCGAAUGGAGCAGCACUACAAUCGUCCUUGCACUCCGGUGGACUGCAGACCUCCUUACACUCUCCCCUCGGAGGAUAUAAUUCUGACUACUCCAGUUUAAGUCACUCUGCUUUCAGCACGAGCCCCUCUCCACACCUGUUGACAACCGGCCAACACCUGAUGGACGGUUUCAAGCCGGUAUUACCCUCUUAUCCGGACACGAGCCCCUCGCCGCUAACUGGAGCAGGUGGGACUAUGCUCUCCGGGGGUCCCCCCACAGCAUUAGCUGGCUCCCCCAGGUCCUCCGCUCGACGGUACUCGGGCAGAGCCACCUGCGACUGUCCGAACUGUCAAGAGGCGGAGAGACUGGGGCCGGCGGGCGCCAGCCUGCGGCGGAAAGGCCUACACAGCUGUCACAUCCCUGGCUGUGGGAAGGUGUACGGCAAAACGUCGCACCUGAAGGCACACCUGCGGUGGCACACCGGCGAGAGGCCGUUCGUGUGCAACUGGCUGUUCUGCGGGAAGAGGUUUACGCGCUCCGACGAGCUUCAGAGGCACUUGCGCACGCACACGGGCGAGAAGCGCUUUGCGUGUCCGGUGUGCAACAAGAGGUUCAUGCGCAGCGACCACCUGAGCAAGCACGUAAAAACUCAUAGCGCCGGGGGGUCCGCUGGCUCCGGCUCCGGGGGCAGCGGGGGGAAGAGGGGCAGCGACACCGAUAGCGAGCACAGCGCGCCGGGGAGCCCUCCGUGCCAUUCCCCCGACUUGUUGCACCCACCUGAAUCCACCCAGGGAGUGGGCAUGAAUGGCCUCUAAAACUGCAUCAUGUUAGGUAAAAUAAAAUUGAAGAAGAAGAAGAAAAAAAAAAGUCAAACGAGUGGACAUACUUCAGUGUAUGCGAUCAGCUCCAUCCUGACUGUUGUCAAUUAAGUGUUUAAGUCUGCAAACUGCGUCAUUUCAGCUGUGCCAUCAAAAACGUCAAAAUUAGUGACUUCAGGCGUGAAAGUGAAACUAAUCUCUUUUAUUUCUCAGUAUGACAUGAAAAAAACCGCUUUGAAAUAUGGAGGCCUUGGAAAAGUUGCGCUCCUGCUGUCAAAACUGUCCUAAAAAAACCCAAACACUGGCACUUUAAUAUCGAGCAAAAAUGUGUGUGUGUGUGUGUGUUUUUGUUUUCUUUGCCACUGCUCGGUUGGAACAAAUAUAUUCAGAUUUUGUGUAGAAUUGUGAAAUUAUGAAAAUUUUCUCUGUUUAACACGUUCACUCAACAGCCUGCAGAUUAGUGCGCUAAGUUUUCUAGGCCAGCAAGCGGUAACUUACACUUUACUCUGCUGCAGAAAUGUUCUGUACAUAAAUGUAGGUUAGAAUAAUUACAGCCCAAAUGUAAAGGUGAGCAACGUAUUUGUCCAGGAGACGAUUUUUGUAUAGGUAUUUCUAGUUGUAUAUGGACUCUAG